AUGGCCGCUAUACCCAGUCAGCUGCUGCAGAACUACCACCAGGACUGUGAAGCUGCUGUGAACCGCCAUAUCCAGCUGCAACUCUAUGCCUCCUAUGUCUACCUGUCCAUGGCUUUCUACUGUGAUCGUGACAAAAUUGCCCUGGGACACUUCAAACGCUUCUUUCUGAGCAAGUCCCACAAGUUGAAGGCCAGUGCAAAGAUGUUCAUGUUCCUGCAGAACAAGCGAGGUGGCCGCAUUGCCUUCCAUGACAUCUCCAGACCAGACCGUGAUGACUGGCACGGUGGCUUUCAGGCCAUGGAAUGUGCCUUCCACCUGGAGAAGACCAUUAACCAAAGCCUCCUGGACUUGCACCACCUGGCCACUGAAAAAGGUAAUGGCCACUUGUGUGACUUUUUAAAGUGCUAUUGUCUACACCAGCAGGUUGAAAUCAUCAAGGAGAUGGGCAGCUACCUGACCAAUCUGCGCCAGAUGGGGGCGCCUGAAGACCGAAUGGCUGAGUACCUCUUUGACAAGCUCACUCUGGCAGAGAACACCAAGGAGGACUGA